UUACAUUUUAUUUAGAUAGUUGCUUUAAAUACUAUUCUUGUUAAGUUCUAUUCGAUAUUAAUAGUUAUUUUUAAUAUUAAAUAAUAAUGAAAAUAGAAAGAAACACUACAAUAAUUUGAAGAUAACUUCCAGGCUCAAUUCUUAAAAUGCAUACUAAUCACGUGAUUUUUUUAUUGGUGUUUAAUUUUGCAUUUAAUCAUGGAUUUUAUGUACCGGGUGUUGCACCAGUGGAAUAUAAAAAAGGUCAAAAAAUUGAUGUUAAAGCUGUUAAAAUGACUAGUAUCCACACACAGCUUCCCUACGAAUAUUAUUCCCUACCUCUGUGCCUACCAAAAAAUGGAACAAUUAUAUACAAAUCUGAAAACUUAGGGGAAGUACUGAGAGGUGAUCGCAUUGUUAGCACAAAUUAUGAAAUACAUAUGGCAGAGAAUAUUAAAUGUAGACUCUUAUGUCACAAAAAAAAUGAACCAAUGAACUGGAAUGUUGAAGAAUCUGAAACAGUUGCUAGUCGUAUUGAGCAUGAAUAUUUUGUGCAUUUGCUAGUUGAUAAUUUACCAGUUGCUACAAAAAUUAUAAAUCGAGAAACAUCAGAAAAGUCUAUUGAACAGGGUUAUAGGCUUGGAUUUAUGGCGAAAGGGAAAGCUUUUAUUAACAAUCAUUUAAAAUUACUACUUAAGUAUCACAAGCAUAGUCAAGAUUCAUACAGGGUAGUAGGUUUUGAAGUUGAGACACAUUCUGUUUCAAAAGAUGAUUUAAUUUUCUUAGAGGACUCCUGCCAAUUUCCAUUGGAACCAAGGCCACAAUUAGUUAAUGAGGAUACUGGAACAAAAUUGUAUUUUACAUACUCUGUGGAAUGGGGAGAAUCAGAUAUACAGUGGGCCUCACGCUGGGAUAUUUAUUUAGGAAUGAAAGAUGUGCAAAUACAUUGGUUCUCUAUUAUCAAUUCCAUUGUAGUAUUGUUCUUCCUAUCAGGAAUCCUAACAAUGAUAAUGGUUCGUACACUGAGGAGAGAUAUAGCAAAGUACAAUUCAGAUGAAAAUAUAGAGGAUCUUAUAGAAGAGACGGGAUGGAAAUUGAUUUAUGGUGAUGUGUUUAGACCUCCACCAAAAAGAAUGUUAUUUGCUGCUGUAAUUGGGAAUGGUAUACAAGUUUUCCUUAUGGCUUUGAUUACAAUAUUCAUUGCGAUGCUUGGUAUGCUCUCACCAGCCAGUCGUGGCGCAUUGAUGACCGCAGCAAUUUUUCUCUAUGUAUUUAUGGGAUUAAUAGCUGGCUACUAUUCAGCUCGUUUGUACAACACUAUGAGAGGGAAGCAAUGGAAGCAGGCAGCUUUCUUAACAGCAACCUUGUACCCAGCGAUUGUGUUCGGAAAAUGUUUCUUCCUGAAUUUCUUUAUUAUGGGGAAACACUCGAGCGGAGCAGUCCCAUUCUCGACUAUGAUGGCCUUACUAUGCCUUUGGUUUUGCAUAUCUUUACCAUUGGUGUAUUUGGGUUAUUAUUUUGGGAUACGGAAGCAACCUUUUCAGCAUCCUGUGAGAACUAAUUUCAUACCGAGGAAGGUACCAGAGCAAGUUUGGUAUAUGAAUGUACUGAUAUGUACUCUCAUGGCUGGAAUCCUUCCAUUUGGGGCAGUAUUCAUAGAGCUAUUCUUCAUCUUUAGUGCUCUAUGGGAGAAUCAAUUCUAUUAUCUGUUUGGGUUCCUGUUUCUGGUAUUCUGUAUAUUGGUUGUAUCUGUGUCGCAGAUAUCCAUUGUGAUGGUGUAUUUCCAGCUCUGUGGAGAGGAUUAUCACUGGUGGUGGAAAAGUUUUACAGUAUCAGGUGGUUCUGCUGUCUAUAUACUUAUAUACUCCAUUUUCUACUUUUUCACCAAAUUAGAAAUUACGGAGUUUAUACCCACCUUGCUUUAUGUUGGCUAUACAGCACUGAUGGUGUUGACUUUCUGGCUGCUAACUGGAACGAUCGGAUUUUUCGCCGCAUACACGUUUAUUAGGAAGAUAUAUGGAGCUGUUAAAAUCGAUUAAAAUUGGGCAAAAACGCAUUAAAUUAGAAAAAUUAUCGCGCCUUCACAUAAUGUCAUAUUUGCUCUGUGGAAUUACCCUAAGGCCUUGACAGAAUCCCUCACAGAUGAUAUUCAAGCACAGAUUAUGAAAUAGAGUAAAUAAUUUUGCUAAAUGUCGUGGUCGGAUCGUAGAAUUGAUUAUUUCAUGAAAUGGUUGAAUUGUUGAACGAUAUGACAGACAACGUUUGGCUCCAUAUCCAAUCAUGAGGCCAAACAUAAGUGAUCGUAAAAAGGUAUGAUACGAUAUAAGUUCGAUGGAAAGUCUUUAUAAAAAAAAAUUUAAAAAUUGUGUUAAUAUUAUUUGUUAGUUCACUAAUUCGGUUGUGACAUUUUAGUCGAGAGCUUGGUUACGUUGUCUAUGGGAUGGUAUUUAGAGCCCAUUCCCGUAUGUCAAAAUACAAUACGUUUUUGACGUCGGGAGAUAUACAGCAAAACAGUGCCGCUAACGGCGAAUAAUUUAAAAAGUAAAAUAUUUGACUUAUUUAACUGUAGAACGUUAACGAUUUAACGAUAUGGUAAAUCAUUUAAUGUAAUCAUCACUUCUACGAAUACGCCCAGUAAGGAAAAUAACGCGAUGUUAGUCAGUAGUGCAUGAGAAUGAUUUAGUUAAAUAAGUCCGUAUUCCAAAAAUAUAUUGGCUGUUAAAAAAAUUCGAUAUCGCACUUACGACAUUAGUACUUAUAAUAUAUUUUUAAUGCAUAGCACAGACUACAAAACCAUUACGUUUUGACAUACGGUAGUCAUAGCGGAGCAUAUAAGUCUCGGCUCUGAAACCUAAUGUUUGAAGAUUCCUGAGAUGUUUUAAGUAUUAUUUUAUUGACAAUUACUUACUGUACUAGUAUUUAGCUGAAAAAUAACGAAGUUAGAUAUAAUAUGAAAGAAAACAAAAGUACCAUAGACAAAAGAACUGAGUGCCCUCAAAAUUUGAUUUCUAUAAAAAAAUGAAUGAGUUUUAUCUCUGAAAUGGUGAUAAAACAAGUUAUUUUUAUUUUAACGUAAUAAUUUGAUAUUUAUUUUAAUUACAAUUACGUAGUGUGUACAUUCCUUGUGUGAUUUUUGUUAUUAAAAAUAUGUAUAUUCAAUCAAAUUAAAUCACUACCUAGCACAAAGCUUUGAAUAUUUUCGAUAAUCAAUUCAUUUACUGGCCACACGAAUACUGGGUAAUUUAAGGUACAAUUUGGUAUACAAAUAGAACUCCGUUUUUAGGCCCAAACAUUCGCUACAAAUAUUUACCAUUAAAAAUUAUGGGUAUCUGCUCGUAACAUAAUACAGGUACACACGAGCGAGAUAACACAUAUUCAACAAAAAUAAUGGAUUAUUGUUUAGUAGUUCGUUCUUGAAUAACUUAGAAUGUAGGAAAAGAUGACUAAGUAAUCUUAAUUAUUAAAACAUGUUUACCUCGGCCUUUUUAGGUCUUUGGAUGGUAUUAAAUUAUUUAUUUGUGUAGUAUUUAACGAUUCGUAACGAAAAAGUUGGAAACUAAACCAAUGAUUCGGUUUAAUUUCAUCGCAUUUGCAGUCUAUGCCUAAUGGGUUCUUUUAGAUAACUACACGAAUUUUAGGAAUCUUUAAUAAACAGUUAUUAUUUUAGAAAUACUAUUUUUUUGUAAUUUUACUCAUACUUGCUAUUUUCAUUAGAAGUCUGCUCUCCGAAUAAAUUAUUAGAAUAAAUUAUAAUUAUGACAAUGCAUAUCAAAUAAUUUUAUACCGGGGAUAUAGGCGAAGAUUUUACUUAACAACUGAAGGAGAAUUUUGUUUUAAAACAAUCAACCUUUUUUUAGGUACAGUACAAAAAUUCAUGUCUAGUUUUGAAGUGUACAGUUUGGUUAUCUAAUAAGAUAAUUCCUUGAGAACACCCACAUUCAACGUCAACGUCAAUUAACUAUUCCCGCGCAAUUUCAUAAGAAAAUCGUUUAAAAUGUUUAAAGCAUGGUAGGUAGUGUCUGUUUUUAACCUAAAUUUUAUUAAAAUUAAAAUGUGGUCGAUUUUAUUUCAAGAUAAGUUUUGUGCUUGUUGAUCUAACUACGCGAGAGAAAUGAGAAUGAAGUAAUCUUUUAGUGACGAUAAAAUGAAAAAAAAAUGGACAAAUAGUAUUUCCGGUUUCGUUUAAAUUAAGAUUUCCAACAAGGAUGUGAUUCACAUUCUUGUUUGGAAUGCUGAGUCGAGUUAAACGACACGAAAUAUAUGCCCAUUACAAUAGUUACGAGACUAUUCUUUAUUGACGAAAAUUGUAGCUCAAGACUUAAAAAAAUCCAGUGUAUGUUUGUUUUAUUUUUAGAACAAAAAAAAACAAAAGUUAAAUCUAUUAACUCAAACUACGAAAUUUAAAAAAAUCAAAACUAUACAACUUUUUAAAUCACAACUAUACAUUGAGUUUUGACAAUUCUCACAACCUAUAAACCAAUAUUUGUCAAUUAGAAUAUUCUUUUUUUGAAUGCAAACAAGAAGGAAACUUCUUGUAUAUGUCCGCGAGUACAUUAAACAUGCAUUAUUCGAUAAGAUCUUUAUAAAUCGUAAUGAUUGAAUAAUCGAAAGGUUGACCAUUUUCCCUAAGAUUUUAUCUAUUCUAUGCAUAUCUUAAACGCAUUUAGAAAUAGCCGUUAUAUGGUUAAGAAGUGUUUUUUUCUUUUUGAAAUGAUUCUUUAAGCAAAUAGGAGUUGUUUAAAAAAAGUUUCUAUGUUAUAAAUUUUCAACAGUAGAUCCAUUAAACGUGUUUUAUAAUUAACGUAUAAUUAGUUUUUAUCGCAGACGAAUAAAUAUUAUUGCGCGUCGACACCAAUGUAAAAUUUUGAAAUAUAUGUUACGUUUGAUGUGUGAAAGUAUUAUUAGCGAUCAUUGCUUAAAUGGUAGUCGAUAGUUAGUAACCAGUAGUUGUAAAUAUUAAUAAGGAACAUAAUUGUAAUAAAUGUUAUGAUUACAGAA